UGGGACAAUAUGUCAUUUCAAAAGGAAUUCGAUAGUCUGAUUGAUAAAUCUGACUUAAAAACAUGUGUGGACUCUCUUAAUUCAUUUGGCAUACCUACAAAUACAGCUAGUAGUAAAUUCAUAUAUUUUGAAGUACUAUCAAACUUUAUAGAAGUUGUGUGUCAUCCUGCUUCUCAGAAG